AUGGCAUCGCUGGCGGAUCGAGUACGGGGCAACGGGCGCAUCGCCGCCGGGCUCCUACUCAACCUACUGGUGUCCAUCUGCAUUGUGUUCCUUAACAAAUGGAUCUAUGUCCACUACGGCUUCCCCAACAUGAGCCUGACCCUGGUGCACUUCGUGGUCACUUGGCUGGGCUUGUACGUCUGCCAGAAGCUGGACAUCUUUGCCCCCAAAAGUCUGCCGCCUUCCAAGCUCCUCCUCCUGGCCCUCAGCUUCUGUGGCUUCGUGGUCUUCACCAACUUAUCUUUGCAGAAUAACACCAUAGGCACCUAUCAGCUGGCCAAGGCCAUGACCACGCCGGUAAUCAUAGUCAUCCAGAGCCUCUGCUACAAGAAAACCUUCUCCACCAAAAUACGGCUCACGCUGAUUCCUAUAACUUUAGGUGUAAUCCUAAAUUCUUAUUACGAUGUGAAGUUUAAUUUCCUUGGAACGGUGUUUGCUGCUCUUGGUGUUUUAGUUACAUCCCUUUAUCAAGUGUGGGUGGGAGCCAAACAGCAUGAAUUGCAAGUAAACUCGAUGCAGCUGCUAUACUACCAGGCCCCGAUGUCAUCUGCCAUGUUGCUGGUCGCUGUGCCCUUCUUUGAGCCAGUGUUCGCAGAAGGAGGAAUAUUCGGUCCCUGGUCAGUCUCUGCUUUGCUGAUGGUCCUGCUCUCUGGAGUAAUAGCUUUCAUGGUGAACUUGUCGAUUUAUUGGAUCAUUGGGAACACUUCACCAGUCACCUAUAACAUGUUUGGACACUUCAAGUUCUGCAUUACUUUAUUUGGAGGAUAUGUUUUAUUCAAGGAUCCACUGUCAGUUAAUCAGGGUCUUGGCAUGUUAUGUACAUUGUUUGGCAUUCUUGCCUAUACCCAUUUUAAACUCAGUGAACAAGAAGGAAGUAAGAGUAAACUGGUGCAACGUCCUUAA